AUGAGCGGCGGGGGAACCGACGGCGGUGGUGGCGGCGCCACCCACGGGGCCGAGGACCCCGGCGCAGCGGAAGGACCGCGCGCCGCAAAGGCACCUCCAGGAUGUCCAGCGGGCACCGACGGCGGAGCGGGAGGCCAGGGCGUCGCGGAUGACGUCAGCAGCCAAGGAGGCGGUGGGUGUCCGGUCGCUCACGCCGGCCGAAGCGGUGGAGACUGCGUCCCAGGCGGCAAAGGCGUCGAGGAUGAUGUGGGGACCGGAGGCCCGGGUACGGGCGCCUCUGGAUGCCCCGGGGGCGGCGCCGGUGGUCCAGGCGGUCAAGGUGUCGAGGACGGCGUGGCGAGCACAUGCCUCCCGAGAGGAGGGCCGUCGGUUGUGGUGGAGAGGACCGGCUCAGUCCAACAGCCGGGUGGGGACGAUGUCACCGGAAACCCGACCAGCGGCGCAGCCCCAGCGGCACCCCAUGGCGGACGGAGCAGGAGGAGCAAGCUUUCACCGGCAGCGGAAGACUGA